AUGAAUGAAUAUGCUUUGUGGUUUAUUGACUUCUUUAUGAUUAUACGAUGCAAUAUGGAGGCCAAAGAAAGUGAAAAAAGUAGUGAAAAUGAAGUGAUACUUCUAAGAUCUUUUAGUACUGAGAUAUUUUGUAGAAGCAUUUAUUACAAGUGUGAUAGAGAUCAUGAUGGUUUCGUCAGCCUUGAAGAGUUCACCGCCUUCAUCAAAACCAACGAACAAGUCACUUCCAGUACGGAACCUCUCACACCGAUCAUCCUCAACAAUUACGAACGCUUCGACCAGAACCAUGACAACAAAUUGGACUUUGAAGAGUUCGUCGAGAUGAUCACAAACGAUGGUUUCCUAAAGGAUUUUACCAACCUUGGAAAUAGAUAUGUAAAGUUCCUAGUUGUCCCAGUAUGUCGGACGAGAAGAAUCAACAAAGUACAAUUGCAACGUAUGCACACUAUCACCGGCAUGUACGAGAACGAGGUGAAAUUCAAACCGACUGAUAUCGGGAUGAUUCUGUUGUCCGUGAUCCAGAUCAUCCUGUUCUACACUAGCAGUAAGGACCCUUUAGAGUUUAAGCACGACAAAAGACGGGAAGUUUGGCGGUAUAUGACGUACAUGUUUACACAUAACUCUCCGUUCCAUCUUGUAGCAAACGUAGCCAUCCAAUUACUGGUAGGGUUACCGUUGGAGAUGGUCCACAGUUGGAGAGUGUUAAUAAUUUAUUGCGCAGGAGUUCUUGGUGGAUCUCUAUUCCAGUCGGUCAUUUAUCCUGACGAAGAUUUGACUGGCGGAAGUCCAGGAGUUUAUUCCAUCUUCACUGCUCACAUAGCGACUGUUAUUAUGAAUUGGCGUGAAAUGAGCCAACCAGUCGUCCAACUAAUCCUCUUCAGUUCCUUCACAGUAUUUGAUACAAUUUACAAAUACGUAACGUUUAGAAAUAAAGACGACAUCAGUUACAUAUCGCAUUUGGGAGGUGCAAUUUGCGGUUUAUUAGUCGGCGUCAAUAUUCUGAGAAAUCUCAGAGAGACCCGAGUGGAGAAGAUCAUUUGGUGGAUCUGUAUAGUUGUUUAUGUAGGCAUGAUGAGCACUUUUAUAGGGCUAGAAAUAGCGUUGAGUAUAAGUGGUCAUUAG